AUGUCACGCACCGCAGGACUCUUUAAUUGUCUAAUCCGCACACAUCACAUCACAUCGCGAAAGAAGCUCCAGCGCGUCCGGCGCGCAGCCCAGCAGCUCAAUGUGGACUGGCUGCUAGUGCGCAGCGGCGGAUCACCAGGCAUCAUGUUCGCCGAGGGCCGCGACGAGGCGGGGCUGACCGAGUGGGUGGCAAGCGUCCAGGCACUACGAUACAAAGAUUUCCGAUGCGUCGCGAAGCCUGCUCCGGUGGAGGAGACGGGUAAGCGGGCGAUAGGGUUUGACGAGACUGAGUCUGUGGCGGAGUUUGCGAAGGAGAUGGAGGGGAGGGGGUUGGGGAGGUGGUGGAGGAGGGCGAUGGGAUACGAGAAUGGUGGAUGA